GGAAGUUUUGUCUUGGAGAUGGCAUUGCUGGGAGCAAUGUUCUCGUGAUCUUCAAACCCCGGGUUCUUUUGUAUACACGUUAAUGUGUCUUUUUAAUUGGGGAGGGUAGUGGAGGCAAACCGAAAGUCUUGGGGUGGGGGAAGUGAGUGGAGGCUGCUAACGAGUGAGGAGUCGCCGGAGUUGAGGGAUCCACGUUGAAGACUAUUGCCCAGAAGAAAAGAUGUUUGGUUUUCACAAGCCAAAGAUGUACCGAAGUAUAGAGGGCUGCUGUAUUUGCAGAGCGAAGUCCUCCAGUUCUCGAUUCACUGACAGUAAACGCUAUGAAAAGGACUUCCAGAGCUGUUUUGGGUUGCAUGAGACCCGUUCUGGAGACAUCUGUAACGCCUGUGUCCUGCUUGUGAAAAGAUGGAAGAAAUUGCCAGCAGGAUCAAAAAAAAACUGGAAUCAUGUGGUAGAUGCAAGGGCAGGACCCAGUCUGAAGACUACAUUGAAACCAAAGAAAGUGAAAACUCUAUCUGGAAACAGGAUAAAAAGCAACCAGAUCAGUAAACUACAGAAGGAAUUUAAACGUCACAAUUCUGAUGCCCACAGUACCACCUCAAGUGCCUCCCCAGCUCAAUCUCCUUGUUACAGUAACCAGUCAGAUGAUGGCUCAGAUACAGAGAUGGCCUCUGGCUCUAACAGAACGCCAGUUUUUUCCUUUUUAGAUCUCACAUACUGGAAAAGACAGAAAAUAUGUUGCGGGAUUAUCUAUAAAGGCCGUUUUGGGGAAGUCCUCAUUGACACGCAUCUCUUCAAGCCUUGCUGCAGCAAUAAGAAAACAGCUGCUGAGAAGCCGGAGGAGCAGGGCCCAGAGCCUCUGCCCAUCUCCACUCAGGAGUGGUGACUGAGGUUUAGGUAGAAGGGGAACAAAAAUGAUUUAAAUUUUGCAAAGAAAACAAAGCAACAAAACCCUCUUAUUUUUAACUCUGAUACCUGCUAUUCUGCCAAAAGACAAUUUCUAGAAUAGUUUUGAAUGGGUGGUUAUUUCUCCUCCAGUUCCAUAAACUCUGAAGCCAGUGUCUAGCUUACUAAAAGAAAAAAAGAAGUGUACAUAAUAUUUAAGAUGCUGAGUAUUUCAUAGGAAAGCUGAAUGCUGCUGUAAAGUGCUCUUUAAGUCUUUUUUUUUUUUUUUUUAAAUCCCCUUCUAAUGAAUGAAACUAGGGGAAUUUCAGGGGACAGAGAUGGGAUUUGUUGUAUGAUAAACGUAUGUAGUUUUAGUCUUUCUAUAUUGAGAAGCAGUGGUUGGGGCAUUUUUUAAGAUGGCUGGCUAUACUUGUUUUCCUUCAUGAUAAUAAAUUUGUCAUAACUCAGUAACAUGGACUUGCCCCUAGAGGUAGUUGUUAAUAAUUUUGCAAUAAUAAGGUCUUGCCAAGGUUCUGAUGAUUCAAACCUGUACUACUGAAUAUGAAGCAGGACAGACUAAGCUCUCUGGUGCAAAUACCUUGAAGGAGUAAUUUCUAAAUACACAGAGUGGUAACUUGACUGUAUAUGUUGCAUCCUGUGUCACCUCCCUCCAUAUUGAUAUUUGAUAAAGAUUUUAAUCUAUAUUGAAACUUCUAAAGCAGAAUCAAAGCUCCUCUGGGGAAAUGUCACAUUUUAGGAUGAGCAAUCCUAAAUGAAUAGUACCAAAGCAUUACCACAUGGUAGAGAUCACAUUCUAUUAAGAAGGUUAAAUUAUCUGAAAAAAUGUGCAAGUCUUCAGGAUGGCACACACAAAUAAACAAAGGUUAAUGCUUCUUGGGGCACAUUUCUUAGAGGGCUUGCCUAGUGUGUAAAUAAUUGACUUUUGUUUGUGUUACAAGACUGGUGACUUCAUUGAAAAUCUGCACAAUUCAGUUUUAGCUCUGGAUUACUUCAGUUGACCUUUGUGAAGGUUUUAUCUGUGUAGAGUGGUUGUUUGACUUGUUUUAAUCUAUUAGGGUUUUGGGUUUCUUUUCACUCUAUUAAAGUAAAAUUCUAAAAGAAAA